AUGGAGCCUGCCAUUCAUAGAUUGAGACUUCUGAAACUGUGUGGGGGCACAGUUGGUGCUAUUUUCACUUGCCCACUAGAAGUCAUUAAGACCAGGUUACAGUCUUCAAGACUCGCUCUCCGGACCGUCUAUUAUCCUCAGGUUCAUCUGGGGACCAUUAAUGGAGCUGGAAUGGUGAGACCGACGUCGGUGACACCUGGACUCCUACAGGUUCUGAAGUCGAUCUUGGAGAAGGAAGGACCAAAGUCACUCUUUAGAGGCUUGGGUCCAAAUUUGGUUGGAGUGGCACCGUCAAGGGCUGUGUACUUUGCAUGUUACUCCAAAGCCAAAGAGCAAUUUAAUGGCAUUUUCGUGCCUAAUAGCAAUAUUGUGCAUAUUUUCUCAGCUGGCUCUGCAGCUUUUGUCACAAAUUCCUUAAUGAAUCCUAUAUGGAUGGUUAAAACUCGGAUGCAGCUAGAGCGAAAAAUAAGGGGCUCCAAGCAGAUGAACACACUCCAGUGCGCUCGACACGUUUACCAGACAGAGGGCAUCCGUGGCUUCUAUAGAGGAUUAACUGCCUCAUAUGCUGGAAUCUCAGAAACUAUCAUCUGUUUUGCUAUUUAUGAAAGUUUAAAGAAGUAUCUGAAAGAAGGUCCAUUAGCCUCUUCCACAAGUGGAACUGAGAAAAAUUCCACAAGUUUUUUUGGACUCAUGGCAGCUGCUGCUCUUUCUAAGGGAUGUGCCUCCUGCAUUGCUUAUCCACACGAGGUCAUUAGAACUCGGCUCCGGGAGGAGGGCACCAAGUACAAGUCCUUCAUCCAGACAGCGCGCCUGGUGUUCCGGGAGGAAGGCUACCUCGCCUUCUACAGAGGACUCUCAGCCCAGCUCAUCAGGCAGAUCCCAAACACUGCCAUCGUGUUGUCCACCUAUGAGUUAAUUGUGUACCUGCUGGAGGACCGUGUGCAGUAGCAGGCCACACGCUGUGCUCUAGGAGAAUAAAACUGAGAAACUAGAGAUUUUUUUCCAUUGAUGUUUAGAGUGUCUGAGACUGAAACAGGAAAGGCCAUAGAGCAUCUGGCUCCUGUCACCUGCUGGACAUUUCCUUUUGGAUUCAUGCUUUCUGGAAGGUUUAAAUUCAUUAACGUUAAUAGUUAAUUAUAACUUUUUUUUUUUUAACUUAAGAGGAUUCAGGAUUAAGAGGCAACUAAAUUAAAUCAUGCUAUUUAAUUUAAGUGUG